AUGUUGGUAAUGGCCGAGGCGAUGACAAGAUGGCGGACGGCGGAGCGGCCAGGCCCAGCACACGACCAUGAAGAGAAGGAGGAGAGGAGGCAGCAGCGGGCGGCAGCUCCCCUCUCUUGUUCUCAGGCCACCUCAGACGAUGGACUCUCCAAUCUCUUCACGACGGCCACCAAGAUAGCCUCUGAUCUGAACGGUGCGGCGUCUCCCCAGAGCGAGAGCAAGGUCUCGGGGCUGGAGAGGAGCCAGGAGCGGAACCAGAGCUCCGACAAGGACCCCCUGCUAGUGCCUUCCCUGGCCUCCAAGCCUGUGCCUCAGGCAGCGAGCGGCUCCCAGCCCCAGGCCGAGCCGGUGACUCCGGUGCCGCCCCACCACCCUCACCAGCAGCUGCCCAUGCCAACGCCAGCUUACAGUCAGCCCCAUCGGCAGGCCGCUGCCCAGCUGAGCCCACAGCCCAAAGGCCAGGCCCCAGUGCAAACGCUGCAGCAAACACAGCCCAAAGCACAGAGCUACAGUCAGCACCAACUGGUCUACCUGAGCAGCAGCCAGAGCAGCACCCCAUCGAAGCUGGUUGCUCCAGCCUCCCAGCUUCCUCACCGUGCCUCCACCCCGUCGAAGCUGGUCGCUCCAGCCUCCCAGCUUCCUCACCGUGCCUCCACCCCGUCAUCCCUGGGCCAGGGUCUGAGCGGGCAGCCGGCUGGUGCCCACGGCUUUGUGCCGGCCCUGCGGCCUGCCUCCCACCCUCACCCUCACCCCCACCCCCACCCCAGCAUGUUCACCCCCUCGCCUGGCCUGCCCCCUCCUCCCCCGCUGACCCCAGGAAUGCUCCAGGUGGCAGGGCACCCAUCCACGGCGGCUGUGGCGGCGGCAGCAGCGUUAUCCGAACAAGAGCUGAUCCGGCAGGAGUUGAACACGCGGUACCUGAGCUCGCAGGGGCCGGAGCGGAGCGCGUCGCUGGGUCCACCGUCGUUCCAAUUUCACCAGCACCAGCACACUCACCAGCAUACCCACCAGCACUUCGCCCCAUACUCAGCAAUCCCUCAGCCUGGCCUGGUCCCUGCUCCAGCACCAUCCCUGGUGCGUAACUCCCGCCGAAACUACUUCCAGGCCUAUCACGCUCCAGUUGCUGGGAUCCCUCCUGUGCUGCCCCCAGCUGGUCCCUUCAGCUCCCUGCAGGGUGCCUUUCAACCUAAGACCCCGAAUCCCGAGCUGACCUCCAGGUCGGGGCCAGUAACUCACACCUUCCUGCAGAAGGACCCCAGGUUAACAGAAACGUACCGGCCUGCGAUACGGAAGCCUGGGAAAUGGUGCGCCAUGCACGUGCAAAUAGCCUGGAUGAUCUUUCGGCACCAGGAGAAGAACAAGGUGAUACACACAGACCAUCACAAACUGGACUUCACCAAGAGCGAGCUGCUCACGCGAAACCCCGGCAGCAUCUUCGGGCCCAUCGCAAACUCCCACGAAGUGGCCCGACCCGCCACCCUCUUUACCGCUGCAGAUGCGGUUCAUGCAGCAUCUUCACCGUUCGCACCUCCGAGUAACCUCAACACAUUCCUCAAUCCUCCCUCGCAUCUCGAUCCGUACAGCAGGACCCCAUCCUACAGCACAAUCGGGCAACUAGCAAACGGAGCCUUUGGAGGCUUGGGGAACCCAGCAGUGGCUGCUGGCACUGUGUUUGCUCACAAGGAGAGCCCUGGCAGCCAGGCCUUUGCCAGUCCGCGUGAGCACUGGAACCGUGUGCACCAGACACCGCCAUCCUUCCCCACCCCACCCCCAACGUGGCCGCGGCUGGGGGCCGGUGAGUUGGAGCGAAGCAGCCUUCUGGAGAAGGAGCUGGAGUCUGACAAGCACGAAGUGCCCUACAUCAAGGAGGAGAUGGUGAGGGAAGCGGUUUAUGGCCGCCAUUCGGCCCGGCUAUCUCCGGCUGCCCCCCUGAAGAUGGCGGGCGCGGCGGCGAGGGUGGGGGAGGUGGAGCCGGACGACGAGCCUGCCCGAGCUGUGCCCAGGACGACGGCCGGCAGCCGCGAGCGGGAACGUGCCGAGCCCCCCCGCGAUCACUUCAAGCAGGAGCGGCGUGCCCGGGACCCCUCCGAGGAGACCCCCCGCCUCACGGCCAGGAGGCCCGGGGAAGACGUGGCAGCCAUCCGGGACCCUUCGCCUUUCUCUCGGCCAUCCCCUGGCGCAGGGCCCCCCCCCCUCCUCCUCCUCCUCUUCCUCCAGCGGCAGCGGCACCCCCUCUUCCUCGGCUCAGGAGGGGGCCAAGCCCAGCCUCCUGCGGGAACUGGCCAAGAGGCACGAGGUCAGAGUCAAAGCCGAACAGCACCAGUCGCUGACUCCCCAUCAGAGCCGGUGGGCUUUGAGCCAUCCACCCAGCUCCCACCUCGCUCCCACGUGCCUGGCUCCCUGCACCCGGUGCCCCUGGCCCUCCUCGGGCAGCUUGGAGGGGUCCUCGAGCGGAGCAGGGUGCUGCACGGGCCCUUCCUUGGGGUCGGAGCCGCCCCCGGGCCCGAGCGCCUGGCCCCUUACGCCUGGGAGCCUUACCGCGACCCCUGGCGGGAGGGUUGCCGGCCACCGGAGCUGGACGUGGUGCCCCAGGCCCCAGCGGGCUCCCGCUUCUACGAGGCGGAGUCCCGCCCGUACCGGGAGAGGGCCGCGCUCCGGGACUAUGGGCCUGGGGCCCUGCUGGCGGGAGCGGGCCGGCGGGAACCGCAGUCUGCCCCGGCGGGCACGGCCGCCGCCCCCCCGGGCCUCCUGCAGGAGUACGAGCAGCGGGCGCAGCUCCUGGGUUUGCUCACUCCCCCACCCCACCACCAUCACCACCACCACCACCAUCACCACCACCCACCAUCGGCAGCUUCUGGGCCCCCCCCACCUCCCCAUCCCCACCCCCCUCCUCCUAACGCCGCCCCGCACCCUUACCCCCGGCUCAGCCCCUCGCUGGUCCACCAGGGCGCCCUGCUCAGCAAAACCCCCCCCAUCGCCGGGCUGGGGGCGCCGCCCCCCCUCAUCUCCUCGUCCGCCCGGCCGGGCACCCCCCCUCACCGCGUCACCCCCCUCUCGAAAGAAGGAACAAUUUGCUUUCAGAGAGAAGAAACCCUGUAA